AUGAGAUCCACCAACAUGUCAUAUUUGAACCCAAAGAUGGUGACCCUGAUUGGGAUUCCUGGAUUAGAGCAUGUGCAAUUCUGGAUUGGGUUUCCCUUCUUUGGUGUGUGCCUGGUGGCUCUGCUGGGGAACAUCUUUCUGCUAAUCAUUAUCUCUACAGAACGCAGUCUACACAAACCCAUGUACAUCCUUCUGGCAGUAUUGGCAGCCAUUGACCUAGGUCUCUGUGUAGCCAUUGCUCCUAAGAUGUUGGCCAUCUUCUGGUUUGAUUCUUAUUCCAUGGUUUUCGAUGCCUGCCUCGCCCAACUCUUCUUCAUUCAUGCCUUGCAGGGCAUGGAAUCUGGCAUCCUGUUGGCAAUGGCCUUUGAUCGCUAUGUGGCCAUCUGUGAUCCAUUGAGGCACACAUCCAUCCUGACACAUUUCUUUCUAUUUCGGGUGGUGCUGUUGGUGGCAAUCCGAGCAACGAUGCUUGUUGGCAUGUUACCCAUUCUACUCAAACGACUGCACCUUUUCCAAUCUGUGAUUAUUGUCCAUUCUUACUGUGAACACAUGGCUGUAGUCAAGCUGGCUGCAGAAGAUGUUCAUGUUAACAAAUCAUUUGGGCUCUUUGUGGCUUUUGCAAUUCUAGGUUUUGACAUGAUCUUUGUCUUCAUCUCCUACAUUCUGAUUUUUCAGACUGUUUUUCAUCUUCCCCAAAAAGAGGCACGAUUCAAAGCAUUUAACACUUGUACAGCUCAUAUUAUUGUCUUUCUGGAGUUUUACAUCCUUGCCUUUUUUUCGUUCUUCAGCCAUCGUUUUGGUCAUGUAUCAGCCUAUGCCCACAUCCUCUCAUCUACCAUCUAUCUGCUUGUGCCCCCUGCCCUUAACCCCAUUGUCUAUGGUUUGAAGACCAUGGAGAUUCGCAUGCGGGUUGCUCACCUUUUCAUUAUAAAGCCAGACACCCAGAAAUGAUCAAAAAGUGGUAUGACAGAGGAAAAAUAUGCAUUCAUCUGUUUAAACCUAAGUUUAAGCUAGAAAUUCCUUGUAUUAUGUGGGGCUAUUUUGGUGAGACAUUUACAUUACAAGAUCUCCCUAAAGAAUAUAUAUUCCUUAAUCUUUCACUGCUCUUAAUCAACAGCAGUGAAAACAUGAGAUAAAUGUGGAUAUACAUACACAUAUAUAUAUAAUAUAAAUAUAUAAAAUAAAAUUUCUAACACCCCUCCAUUCUUUCUCUUUUAAUUUUUUAUUUUUGCCUUUUCUCUUCCACCUUAUUUCCUUUUUUACUUCUGUCAUAUUAACAUAUCCACUAUCCAAGCAGCAGUUUACCCUUUGGAUGUACAGCAGUGACAAAGAUGUAUUUUAUUAUUUCAAAGGUUCAAAGUAUGCUGAUGCUAUAAAAAUACUGAGCAGGAUGGGUGCAGUGGCUCACACCUGUGAUCUCAGCACUUGGGAGGCUGAGAUGGGUUGAUCAUAAGAUCAGAAAUUUGAGACCAGCCUGACCAACAUGAUGAAACCCCAUCUCUACUAAAAAGACAAAUCCCAUUACUGGGUAUAUACCCAAAGGACUAUAAAUCAUUCUACUAUAAGGACACAUGCACACGAAUGUUCAUUGCAGCACUGUUUACAAUAGCAAAGACCUGGAAUCAACCCAAAUGCCCAUUGAUGAUAGACUGGAUUGGGAAAAUGUGGCACAUAUACACCAUGGAAUAUUAUGCAGCAAUCAGAAAUGAUGAGUUCGUGUCGUUUGUAGCAACAUGGAUGAAUCUGGAGAACAUCAUUCUCAGCAAACUGACACAAGAACAGAAAAUGAAACACCGCAUAUUCUCACUCAUAGGCGGGUGAUGAAAAAUGAGAACACAUGGACACAGAGAGGGGAGUACUAAAC